AUGCUAAAAACGUUUCCUCAUUCGUUUUCUCUCCAGGAUAACCCGAUCCCCCCUUUACUGCGGCCCAGUAGGGAUCUUUCCGGUAUCAGGAAGAUGGCCAUCCCGAGGUUGGCUGAAGGAAAAGAAGCAGUCCAUUCCGCCCGGUCUCACCGUCGCCACGUAAGUCGAGCGUGCGAGUCUUGUAGGCAGAGGAAGACAAAAUGCACGGGGGACAAGUCAGGCUGCCGCAACUGUCGGGACGCUGGAAUGAUCUGUUGCUACACUGACGGAAAAAGAGAGAAGUCUAAGAGACAAAUGGCCAGCUUGGAAACUAAGAUUCGCACCUACCAAAACGUGUUGCAAAAUUUAAGCAUUCGCUUGCACGUCCCCGAAGAUCAGCUGAUGACAUUCGCUCUGGCAGAUGACCCGUCCGAAGACGCCUCCUCCCGUGAAGAGUCUGCAACUCCGGACACCGAGGCCCGGAGGCAGUCGUCGGUAUCCGAAGCCGCUACACCUUUCUUUUCAGGGUUUGAGAACAACCUAGAUCGCAUAGAGGAGGAUUUGAAUCGGGAUGAGGCCUCGCAAGCGACUGGCUUCGUCGGUCAGAGCUCAGAGAUAUCUUGGUUACAGACUCUGGCCAGAGAACUGGAACUUGGAUAUGAUCAUGGAUACUUCAGUGAGAAAGAGCCAUCCCCAGCUAUAGCAGCAGCUCACCACAAUCGCUUCAUCUCGUUUCCCAACUAUCAUUUGGACGCCAUGGAGAUCCCCUUAUUUGACAACGUGGAUCCGUAUUCUUAUCCCAUCAAGGAUGUUGCAACGAAGCUAUACAAGACAUACCUUGAUUGGGUUCACCCCUCGUUUCCGAUCAUCGGUACUGCCCCUUUUGGAGCACAAUUUCAGGCUUUCUUCGCGAACUCAUCCUUACGCCCUGGGUCCCUACGCCCCGGGAAUCGAUGGCUAGCAAUACUCAACCUGAUCUUCGCCCUUGCUUCCAAGUACGCGCAUUUAUCCGAGGCCGAAUGGCAAAUGGAUAAGGACGCACAUGUUGUGUACUUUCUCAAAGCCAAAGCUUUGGGUCUAGAUCAUCAGCUACUGACUUUCCCUGAUCUACAGCAGCUGCAAGUCGAAGGACUAACUGCUUUGUAUAUGCUGACUCUGGGCCAUGUGAACCGCGCUUGGGCAUUUUGUGGAAGCGCGAUCCGCGGGGCUCUAGGCCUCGGGCUGCAUCUACGCCAUCUGGGAGACAGCACAUCCGAUACUUCAAGAGAAAUCAGAUGCCGUGUAUGGUGGUCUCUAUAUACGCUUGACCUUCGUCUCAGUGUGAUGACCGGGAGACCUUCUUUCAUCCCCGACAGCCUGUGUACAACACCUCUGCCCCUUCCAUUCGAUGAACAAAACUUUGGGAGGGAAGAGGUGAUGCGGCAGCUUAGGCGCUCGAUUGACGGUAGCCCCCUUCCGACGGAAAUGCUGUCAACGAGCCAGUCGGAAAUCGAUGCAAUGAGCACGGUGGUUGAAAGGGUGGAUUCAGAAGAGAACAGAUACUCACCCUGCGGGCCCUUGUACUUUGUUCAUUUGGUGCAACUAACCAUGAUUGCAAAAGAAUCCCUAACCAAGAUCUACACCCCGAGCACAAUUCGAUCUCCUUGGCAAAGCGUUGAGUUCGCCAUACGCAGUCUCACACUUAAUCUUGACACAUGGCUAAGUAAUCUCCCCAACGAAUAUGAUUUUACCCGCACCCAGUCAUCGCAAGUAUCGCAGGAAACGUCAAAUCAGAGGCUUAGUCUGGCCCUAUUGUUUUACAGCACCAGGAUAAGCAUCACACGACCCUGCCUUCGUCGUGUAGAGUCUUUUAGCCAAGGGGGCAAGAUGCAAAAGUUUGGUCAGAAAGUUGCGGAGGACUGCGUCGAAUCAGCCUGUCACAUGUUAAGACUGUUCCCAGAAGACCUGAAAUCGGCAACAUUAUAUACAGCGUCCCCUUGGUGGUGCUUAUUGCAUUACUUGAUGCAAGCAACGGCGGUACUCGCUCUUGAGCUCGCCUUUCAAGCUCAGCAUGUACCGGAUAAAGCGUCGAUGGUUUCGAAAGCUCUUGAUAAAGCGUAUGAGUGGCUGUCUUUGAUGUCAAGGACACAAAAGACCCCGGAAAGAGCCCGCAGACUCUGUGAUCGGCUUUUGCGCCAACUCAAGCAACGGGAGGACAUCAAAGUCUCUGAGUCUCCUUCCGUCCAGUUGACCAGCCUAGAGUCGCCUGCAGAUACACCUCCCACAUCACAUCCGAUUAGAACAAGAGAAAGCUCGGCGGACUCGGAAAGUUCACCUCUUGGGACGAAAUUGGACUAUCAGCAAUCACCAGCUCUAUUGACCGGCGAUAUGAACUACACGUCUUCACACCUCCUCGAAGCGGCGGGCGACUUUCCAAUUCCAAGUGAGAGCACAUUGGAGCUUCCGAGCAAUUACGACGAGUUCUUUCCUUACGACACAAGUACUGGUCAGCUCACGGGCUCCUUCUUCCCUACAGAGUAUGGAAUGGAUGUGGAACCGAGUAAUCUCUACCACUUUUGA